GUUGGGUAUUAUAAACUCGAAUACGGAAAAAAUUUCGAUUUCAAAAUCAGUAUCCAAAUGAACGGCGUGGAGAGCGUACGCGUAUUACACACAAAUUCGAGCUUACUUUAUUCAGUUUCAAAUUGAAAGAAAAUUUAAAAAAAAAAAGUUAAAAAUUGAAAACCAAGAGUUUUUGUCGUAUGAGUUUUAUGCUUGAUAAUAUUCGAUCCGAUCGAAAAAAAAAUUAUUAUUUGAAAUAAAACGAGAGAAUUGAACAAACAAAAAGGGAAAUUAUUUUGUCGCGAACAGGAAAACAAUUUAAUUUGCCGUGUGUUUUGAUAAUAUUAAUAUUUUGGAAAUCUGAAUUGUUUUUAUAACAAAAAUACAACAACCGCAAAAGCGAAAAAAAAAUUGAAAGAAAAGAAAAUUUAUUGUGUCCAGUGAGUGAUUUGUAUAUUUAUGAAAAAUAUUCGCAAGUUUUUAAAUUCAUUGGAAAAAUAAAACGAAAAAACAAAAGUUUUUUUUCGUGAAAAAUUCGAUUUUCAUCAAGGGAUAACAGUGUGCUCGAUAAAUAAUUUAAAAGAAAAAAAAAACCUCAAAAAUUGUAUCAACAAUAUUUUGAAAAUGUCUACAGCUAUUCUACAAUCAGCGGCUUUGUAUGAUUUUGGAGAUAUCCAUAUGAAGCAAGCAGCCAGCCGAUCAUUAUCCCAUACUGGAAUCACAAACUCAGCAAUGCAAUCGUUCACAAACAACAAUCUAAACACAACAUCAAAUGCCAACAAUAAUUUAUUAAAUAACAAUAAUCUAUACAAUGGCACAACACAAUCAUCCGUGCCAGCCAAUCUCUGCCAAUCGUCGAAUAACAACAAUUUGAUGACACAGCGAAUUAAUGCAGCCGCAGCGGCUAUUGUUGCUCAACAACAACACAAUCAACAGAAGUUUAUGUUACACAGUGCACUGUCGCGAGCUGCAUCACAUCCACAGGGCAAUGUUGUGUCAUUUGUGAAUUCAUUGAUUGAAAAUCUGGGACAAGGACAUCGAAAGUUGGAACGGACACAAUCGGAACCAUUGCCACAAGCGAAUACCUCACGAUAUAAAACAGAACUGUGUCGUCCGUUCGAAGAGGCCGGUGCUUGUAAAUAUGGUGAAAAAUGUCAAUUCGCUCACGGCAUCAACGAACUCCGUAACCUGCAACGUCAUCCCAAGUACAAAACCGAACUAUGUCGCACAUUUCACAGCGUCGGCUUCUGUCCAUACGGUCCCCGAUGCCAUUUCGUACACAAUGCCGAAGAGGCACGCAACCACAACCGUGCCGUUCAUGCUGCCGUCGUCCGUGCAGCCAUCGCAGCCGGCCAACCAAUACCACUGAGUCCACCAAUCAGUAUGUCGACCGGUUCGGACCGAGCAUCACCGACCGGUUCGCUGUCGCUCAGUCCGACCAAUUCGAUGGCCAGCUUCUUCCCCGAUCAAACUAGUCCAACAUUUUCGCAAGGGUUCACGUUUCCAUCGUCGCAACACAGUCCACCGGCGAGUCCAAUCAAUUUGUCGCCGAUUGCAACGCCACCGCCGGGCGAUGAUGCACGCUUACCGAUAUUCAAUCAGCUGAGCUCGUCGUUAGAGGCGUUUAAGCAUUUGGGAUUGUAAAGAUGCAGCGAGAGACGCAAGAAAGAAAAAAAAAAACAGAAAAAUUCGUUGUGCGCACGCGGCUCUUUCAUUCUUUUCCAUUAUUACAAAAAAUAUUCAAAA